GCGCUGCCGCUGCCGACCCCCUACCCCUGCCCCUCCUCACUCCGCCGCCGCUGACCCUACGCCGACCCCCACCCCCGCCGCGCUGUUGCCGAGCGUGUCCGAUCCGAGCUCCAGUUCCGGUGCAGCCAUCGCCGAAUUUCCCAGUCGCUAGCUCGAACCCAACCCCACGCCUGCUCGAUUUCGCUUCCUUGACAUCGCCCGCGCACCCACCGCGGGCAGUCGCUGAUGACCACCGCGCCGUUCGUCUCCCCAUCGCUCCCCCGACUACACUCCGCGCGGGCCUCUCCGUUCCCCAAACCCUCCGUUGGGUCCGGGGGUGGGGUCGCGUUCCCCGCCCGGACGUACGGGUCAUCGCUUCGCCUGAGGUCUGCCGUCAUGUCUGCCAGCGGCGUCGGGGGGAACGGCUCUCCGAUGGCGCCUGAGGAGUCCACAGUGUCUUCUAGGUUGGGGGAGGUCAAGCGGGUAACCAAGGAAACAAAUGUGCAUGUCAAGAUCAACCUGGACGGCACUGGUGUUGCAAACUCCAGCACAGGGAUACCGUUCUUGGAUCACAUGCUUGAUCAACUGGCAUCUCAUGGACUGUUUGAUGUAUACGUGAAGGCGACGGGUGACACACACAUUGAUGAUCAUCACUCAAAUGAGGAUAUUGCUUUAGCAAUUGGAACGGCAUUACUUCAAGCACUUGGUGACCGAAAAGGAAUUAACCGGUUUGGGCAUUUUACAGCACCACUUGAUGAGGCAGCAGUUGAGGUUAUACUGGAUCUAUCUGGUCGACCUCAUUUGAGCUGCGGCUUAAGCAUUCCUACCGAAAGAGUUGGCACAUAUGACACACAGCUAGUUGAGCAUUUCUUCCAGUCCCUUGUGAAUACAUCUGGCAUGACGCUUCACAUCCGUCAGCUUGCGGGAAACAACUCACACCAUAUUAUCGAGGCAACUUUCAAAGCAUUUGCCAGGGCGCUUCGACAAGCAACGGAAUAUGACUUACGCCGCCAGGGCACUAUCCCAAGCUCAAAAGGUGUUCUGUCAAGGUCUUAGUGUUGCAAUGCAAGAUCGAAAACUGGACGCACGCUAUUCGCCCUCAAAGAAACACAUGGGCGGUCGCCUGCUAUGUCUCUGCUGCUACUUGGACUUGCAGUCCGCGGGGUUUGGAACAAGAACAGCAUGGAAAUUGCUUGUUAUCCUGUUGUCAGGGUUUGUUUAUCUUACUACCAUUGGCAUACUGUAUCUGCUCGCUACUGCAGUUUUGCUGGACAACACUUACAUCUGAAGAUGUAAAAGCUGCAGACGGCUUGACAUUCUGAAAGUUAUUACCUCUGAUAUAUGGAUUCAGCAUUGGUUUGCGCGGUGUUGCGCCUGUAAUAAUGGUUUGGCCAUUCAAAAGAGUGAAAUGAAAUAGAAUAAUAAUCUCUGUGCCUUUUGCACUCCA